UUGUGCUUUAAUCCGCGAUCGAUUCGAAGAUGCUUGCUUAUCCGUGUGCUCCAAUUAUGACUGUAAUCCUAUCCAUGCUAGGCCUGUACCAAACGGAUUACUAAAUUUCACUUUCAUGUACAGGCAGACGAUACUCGAGUAGAUGAUCCCGUUCGUGUUAUUGCCUUUUUUACUUGACAGGUACUUCAGUGAGUUCAGUACUACCGACGAAGCAAUGCCCGAAGAGCAAAGAACUGCAGGGCAAGUUAUUGACGGAGGCGAGAAAGCCUUGCACAACCAGUGGCUGUCUCGAUGGCCGAAGCACCAACGUAAAGUGACAAUUGGGAAAAGCAAAUACAAAAGUGAAGACGGAUCGAUCCGAGAUGCUCGCUGGUCACCUUACAUCCAAGCUGACGGCAGUCUGUUCUACCUAGAGCCGUAUUACGAGCCGCAACAACACCAGCACGCAGAGAAGGAGGGCAAAGACUCUACUUCGAAAGCCAGCGCACAUCCUGGCAAAAAAGACGAACCUAGGGCGUUUUUGCGAGGAUUCGGGCGAAUAAAAGGAGCCUUGAAGCGAAGCACGACCUUUGCUAAAAAAGAGAAAGAAGAUGAAAGUCGUUAUGGCAAGGGUAAGGACGCCAUGGGGUAUGGAGACAAUGAAAAUAGUCCUUUUGAAAACAGAGAGCAGUUGUUCGACUACGAAACUGAGCGGAAAACGACCGUUAUCAAGGUGGAGAAGGGAAUUGCUCAAACGCCUGACUCGAAUAGCAGCCUUUUGGAAGAUCUGAUUGGCAUUAUAUCUGGCCUUGAUCUAGAUCCAGUGCUUCCGUUGCCAGACGCAAAUGGAAAUCAUGAUACCGCGUUUCCCCGCAGACUAAACGCGAUUGCGAUUCAAGGGAUCAGUCAGUCCAGUCCAGCAGAUGCCAAUCAAGACAUCGAUAUCGGUGAUACACUGCUUGCAGUGAAUGGCAUGGAAGUCAACCAGAGAAAUAUAAACUAUGUGUUGUCGAAAAUGCGAUGGCCUAACGAGGCAGUUUUGACAAUAGAGAAAAUCGUGGCCACCCCGGCCAAACCAAAGAUCAAAAGCAAAAUAAUCGAUUUGCUCACUGCAAAUAUUGAAAACGAGGAUGACCUAGCAGCCUUCCAAGAGUAUUGUGCUGUCAUGUACCUUACUUUGGAUGCGGACGAAAAGGACCCUCUGGGGGACAUCUUGUUCUGGUAUCCGGAAAGCAAAUACUCAAAAAAAUUUAAAGACAUAAGAGGUAUAUUUUUGACUUUGGCAGACCUGAUGCCAAGUGUCACUGGAACAGAAGUAAAAAGCACGACCCUUCUAAUCAAGGAACAGAUUAUUCAUGCUUGUUACCAUAAAAUUGGUGAAAACGUCUUGGUCAUUGCUGUUCCAGAUAUCAAGUGCAGUUUGCUGAGGCUGGAACAGAACGUGCGCGAACUUAUGCGUCAAAUCGAAUAUUUAUAUCAUUCAGCCGAACAGGCAUUUCUCUCUGAAUUCCGGGAAGAUGUUCAGCAUACCUUUUUGCUUUUCAUGGAGAGAUUACUGCAUGGUUUGCCAAUCAAGUCUCAAUCCGAGGUUUCCAACUUAACUGCGGAUCAUUUUGGCGGCGUCAAGUACCUGCCACUUCCAGCAGAAAAAUAUGUUUCGAUCAGCAAUGUUUUGAGUGAUGCAGAAGCAGCUGAUUACGGUGACUAUGCUGAUGACUUCUUUCCACAUAGAAGACUUUACACCAUAUUAGGAUCUUGUCUCUUCUACAAGGGUCAUGUUGUGUGCAACCAUUUGCCAGAUGAAGAUCUCAUGGACUGUUUGGUGUUUUGCAAACAUCACUGUGUACUGGCAAUGACAGAAGAGCAACGGGUCAGCAGUUUCAUUGUCUGGAAAGAGGUAUAUCCAUUGCGUCGAAAAGCUGAAAGUGUCGUCAAAGAGAACCAUUUUGAAGAGCCUCUUGGAAGAUGGUUUUUACUUGUAGUUGCACUGAAACAUAGUUUGCUAUGCAUGCUUUUGGAGGCAGGUGGAUCUUCUUCAACGCCAGAGGGUAACCCGGGACCACAUCCUUAUUAUGUUGACAGGGCAACUUCUAUUUUGGCCUAUAUUCAGGAAAAUCGCGAUUUUGAAACUAUUUGUGAAGCAAAGUUGCGUGGAUCAGCUGUGCCUGCUAUGGCUUCUAUGAAUGACGUCAGUAGUUCCCGUCAAAGCCAAAACAACUCCCAUCUAGAGAUCACCCUCCGGAAGUUGCCAGCUCAUCUUGAGACGAUGGCGAUGCAGAACAGCCCUUCUGUUGACAGCCUUCGAACGCUAGGCGAGGAAAGCCCAAGAUCGAAUGGACAUAAAAUGUCGUCUCCGUUUCCAAGUCGCACCAGCGAGUCGAAGCUAUCUGAUGACAGCGGUAGCAACAGCAGUAGCAUGCGCAUGAGUGUCUCGAGUUUCCCUGCUACGUCUAGCUCAUUCAAGAACAGUCCAAAUGCUAACUGGGAGAACACAUUGAUCUCAACAAAGAUUACUGCUGGUAUUCCAAACACAUUAUUCUACUACGCAUCACGUGACAAAGCCAGGGGAAUUGUUUUGUGUCCUACGAACAGCUGCUCGGACUUGAUCAACAAAGAAGUACUUGACAACUUCUACAAAGCAUGCGAAUUAAUACGACGUGCAUUCGACCGAGACAGUAAUCAGAAAAUUGGCGAUAGCGAGGAUGAUGACGACGGUGACAAAGUUUACGAGCAAGGCCUUCUGUUCAGGAGAAAGCCACUCAAAGGUGGUGAUCUAAAAAAGUCACAGAAUGUCCUGAAAUACUGGGUUGUAGGGAGAAGACUAGCAGAUGAAUCAAAAGAAUUCUUUAUCUGUUUUCACGAUGGUGUGCCACAAUCAGCUAUUGAAAUGGCUUUCAAGUUCGGUUUUGGAUCCAUCGCUGCAAAGAAGAAGCUUUCUGGAAUAAUGACGUCACUAAGGAAAAGAGGAAAGCCAAGUGAUGAUGUUGAUGAUUUAGCCAGCACAGAUUGGAAAAAGGAAAAUGCAGAAUACUUGAAAAAGGAUGAAGGUUUGUUUGAUGAAAGAAGCAAGUGGAGACACCUUGUUCAAGAAGCAGUGCUGGGAUAUGUAUGGUGGUCAACCUUUUUCAGCUUACCUCCAACAAUUUGGUUCUUCCCUCUGAACAUGUUAGAAAUAUCUGGCUAUGAGGCUUUUGCUCUCUUAUUACUUUCACCAGUGUUUACUUUGAUUCCAUUUGUUGACAAACUAAUCUGCAGCAAGCUUGGGCUAAUAGCAAUGCAGUUUUUGACAGUUGGAGGUCUGCUUUGCUAUCAGGCACCUUCAGCAAUAUCAAGGUUGUUGGUGACAUCCUUUGCUAAUUUUUUUGCCAUGCUGUGGUUGUGUGGAAUUUGGUGGAUGAGGUCCAAACCUUACAAGGAGCUGGCAUUCGGAGGCAUGGUCAUCGGUUUUAUUUUGAAGCUGGUUCUGCGCAUUGCCUACGUCACUCUCAAUCCUCUGUGGACCUCUACUGGUUCAAAUACCAUGAUAUUUCUGCUCGCAUUGGCCUGUGUCAUUGAUAGAUCGAAGGUGAUAAUGUCUCUUAAAGAGGAAGAGACUGAUGACGGAAAUGAAGCACGUCCAGUGAUGCCAGUUUCAACUUGGGUUACUGUUGGUUGUGGUUUAGGUGCUUGGUUCUUCAUGGCGCAGUGGCUUUUUGCUGAAGUCUCAAUCGUUUCAAGAUACACAGGAACAGCUUUCCCAUCGCUUAGUAUCUUGCCAGUUCCUGGCGGAGCGUUUGUCCUGACAGCUCUGGUCAUUGGACUUACAUUAUCAACACAAGACUUCAUUCGCUCCUCUGCUUGGUGGAUCUUUGGAUGUCUAUCUGCCCUGCUAUUCUUCCAUGCCUCUUCAUUCAUCGCCUUUUUCAGUGGACUGGGCCUAGCCGUAUACGUCAUGUCCAUAUUUCCAUUGCUGGCGAACACAGCAAGCAAAUGCUCCAAAGGAAAGGUCUUGACACUAGGCCUUCUGAUUUGUAUCAUUUUUCUGCUCGCCUCUGUUUGGGUGGUUGCCUAUAACUUUGUUCCUGGUGGUACUUUUGCCAGAGAGCGAAACGAUACUAUCAUGAUAAUCGCCAUGCUUUUAAUGGGCUUUGCAGCUGCAGUAAAAGUCGAAGAUAAAAUUGAAGAUUCAAGUCACCAAGAAGUUAAGGAUACAAGAGUUUUACAAGGAGAUUCUAGUAAACGGAAGAAUGAAACAUUCUUUAGAGAAAGUGUUAUCCCAGCACUUUAUUUACUCCUUCUUAUUGGCGUAAUUUUCAUGUUCGGAAGGUACUCCCUGAGAGAGAAGAACAGGCAAAAGGCAAAGCUUGCAGUCAAAGACCCGAAGGUUUUCACUUCCAUGAUCUGGACAGUCCAUUUUGGAUACGACAACAAGGGUUGGCAUAGUUUCAAGGAAUCAGUUCAACUUAUGAUGGAUACAGAGGCCGAUGUGAUCGGAAUAUUGGAAAGCGAUUGUUCCAGGCCGUAUGUUGGAUCAACCGAUUUUGUUUCAUAUGUUGAAGAAAAGCUUGGAUUUUACGCCGAUUAUGGGCCACGGACUAAGGAUCAUACGUGGGGUGCUGCAAUCAUCUCACGAUACCCAAUUGUGAAAUCAGAACAUUACUUGCUGCCAUCUCCGGAAGGUGAACUUGCCCCAGCUCUGUUGGCAUCUGUAAACAUCUCAGGGCAAAUUGUUGAUUUUGUUGUUGUCCACAUGGGUAAUGACAGGGAUGAUUUGGAUCGUAAGCUACAAGCUGAGCAACUUGCUAGAAUCUUGGACGGAAGUGCAAACCCAAUUGUAUUUUUGGGUUAUGUAACCUCUUCACCUGGCAGCCGAGAUUAUCUACAUUUGUUGGAUUCUGGAAGAACAAAGGACAUUGACUAUGAAGAUUCUGAACGAUGGUGUGAAUACAUUUUCUAUCGAGAUCUAAUAAGACUUGGCUAUGCAAGGAUUUCACAUGCUGGUUUAUCCGAUACUGAGGUGCAGCUAGGCAAAUUUAAAAUACCAAGCAAUAUAAAGAACUAUACAGAUUACAAUGCAGUAACCACAACAGCAGAUGAUGUUGACAGCAAGUUUCAUUUUUCAGAAAAGUUUGGUGAUUUCCACAUUGGUGACUUUCAUGGAGAGGGGCACCAUUUCCAUAUGGCAACACCAAAAUAUUUUUUUUCAAUCGAAGAUCAAUAAAACUGGUUUGUUUAAUACAGCUCAUUGUCAUUCAAUUUAAAAU